AUGGUGCUGCUGUCGGGGGCGGCGGCGAAGCUGGCGGGGCAGCGGGAGCAGCCGGCCCGCCCCGACCCCGGGGCCGCCGCCGAGGGGCAGGACGAGCGGGAGGAGGAGGAGGAAGACUGCGAGGAGUACGAGGAUUUCUCCGAGCUGCCCGACAGCUGCAGCAUCGCCUCGGACGACUCCUUCUACCCGCCGGGCGGGCCGGAGGACGAGGAGGAGGACGGCUGGUCGCUGGGCCCCGCGGAGCGCGACAGCCCCGAGGCGCUCAGCCUCUUCCGCGCCUGCUGCACCAACAACGCGGUGGUGCUGCGGGCGCUGCUGCGCCAGGGCCCCGAGGAGGACGAGGUGCGGGAGACCGACCGCAACAGGCGGAAUGGUCUUAUCGUUGCCUGUUACCAAGGUUAUGUGGAUAUUGUAAUAGCCUUAGCACAAUGCCCUCAUCUUGAUGUAAACUGGCAGGACAACGAAGGGAACACGGCUCUAAUUACAGCUGCGCAGGCAGGGCACAUAACCAUUACAAACUAUCUGUUGAACUAUUUUCCUGGACUUGAUAUUGAGAAGAGGAACGUGUUUGGAUUUACCGCCCUGAUGAAAUCUGCAAUGCAGGGCCGCACCGAAUGUGUCAGAGCCUUGAUGCUGGCAGGGGCAAAUGUUCACGCAACAGACCCAAGUCGUGGACUGACUUCAUGGGAAUGGGCUUGUUACACAGGAAGGUCAGAAUCUGCCUUCAUCAUGCAAAAGCUGAUGGACAGGCCAUGCCCAGAACAGUUUUGUGAUCAAUAUAAACCAGAAUGGCCAAAGAUGAAGGAACUUCUUGCCAAGGCUGCGGAGCCAAAGAGCUGUUUGCAGAGGAUUUCAGAGUGCAUGAGAUCAGCAGUUUCAUUCCGGGCUUACCAUGGCCCAGAAGAAGAUGGGGUCCUUGAUCACAUGGUCAGGGUGACAACAAGCUUAGGCAGUCCUUUUAUUGCUCUGUCAUGCAGGACUGUGUGCCCGGGAAGCCCACCUUCUGUGGGAAAACGCAGACUGGCCGUGCAGGAAAUCCUUCGGAAGCAGAGAGCUGAGCAAAUCCGAUCUCAGGACAAAGACCAUGCUAGCAGCUAUGAGAGGUUAUUUCAGAACUCCAAAGUCACGCUGAUCCCCAAAAAGAAGGACCGUCGAGCCAGUCUGCAGCCCGCCAGCCUUGCAGUACCUGAAGUGAGCACUGUAGCCCUCAGGAAAGCAAGUCUCUUGCCGCUCCACCUUUUGAGACGGAGCAGUGUGAGACCAGGAUUUGUCAUCCCCAAAGUCCGCAUCAUCAAGGCUCCUCCACCCACCUACCAGCCAGAAAAUGCGAGACGGAGGAGCAGUGCUAGAGAUGACCCAUAUUUGCAGAUUCCUAAAUGGAGAUACAAGGAGCUGAAAGAGGAGCGGAAGAAGGCAGAGGAAGUGGAAAAGAAAAAAGCACUGGAGGCUCAAAAACAGAGGCAGGCAUCUCCUGCCAGAUGCAGGACCUGAUUUAAUGGCAGUUGCAUAUAAGGUUUUAUGGCUGUUAGUCUUGUUAUCUGGGCAAGAUAACAGACUGCAUGCACCACACAUGUGCGUUAUGCGUAGAGCUGGAAUAAUGGCCUUCUUGGCGCAGAACCAGGCCAUGGGCUAUGCCACAGUAUAUCUGAUGGAGUGCGAAGGUAUUUUGGGGUGGAAGAUAGAGGAGAUUUUGCCUGUCUGCUGUUGGUAGCAAGUUUAAAUGGUGCCAUCCUUUUGUGGUUUUUUUUCCAGUUCCAGGUGAAUGACUGAGAAAAGGCUUGAAAUGAAACAAGAACAUGUGUGUGAAAGGGUCAUAUUUUGUGUUUAUUCAUUUUGUAACAGACAAAAUUAAGGAGCUGUGGUCUUGACACUAGGUAUUCUUUCCUCUCCUUGUUUAGGUAGAUGUAUUGCAAGGUUUUAUAGUAAUGAUGAGAAGUUUUAAUUAUACCAUGGUGUUGGUGGGCAGUGAAAAUCCAGGUCUACAAUUGUUUUGAAUAUGCUAAGCACUUUAUGGCAUUUUAAUUCCAGUAAUCAAAAUUUAAGAUAGGAUAGAUAUUAAAAUCUACAGCUCUAUACAGUCUGUAUGGAUGCAGUUCUUAAUGCUGUUGUUCUAUUGAAUAUAAAAAGGGCUGUAUAUGAAAUAUUUCUGCAGUUUAAGGAGUUGAUAUCCUCUGCAGAUAUAAAUCAGGUGCAGGGCCUGAUUUUCGUUAAAGGCCAGACAACAUGAGCUAAUUUUUGAAUGCCAUGGUCACCUAAGAUUUACCUCCCCCAUUAAGUUUCCUUACAUCUGCUAUCUGUUGUCUCCUCUUUAGUCUCAGGGAAUUUUUUGUCAUUGCAUUUAACUGUGAAACAAGGGAGCUGGUGAACCACAGGCAGGCUUUUUUUUUGUUGGUAUUUAGAUUCCUGUUAAAAAACAGACUAGGUUUAUUGUGAACUUCACCUGUAGGAUCUUUGCAGAUUAUAACAGGACAGGAUAAUUAUGCAAUUUCCAGAAAUUCAAGCAGGUAUCAAGCACAGCCAUAUGCCAUGAAAAUCCAGCCAGAGAGGCAGUAUCAGGCAGCUCAGCCACUAGUGUUUGGAAACCUUGGUUAGUCGUCAUUGUACGCUUUGAUAUUAUGCAUCUGGGUGCCUUGGUAGGACAGUACUUCACUCCUCUGUCUCAACACUGGGGAAAAAAAAGUUCCUUAAUACUGAGGUUAGAGCAGGAACUGGUUGUGCAGUUCCAGAGAUGAAGACUACCAUGUCCACCAUCCUGUCCCAGACCCUUUCUGGAGACCAUGAGGCUAAUUGUAAUCCUACUGCCCUGCCAAGUCGAAGACUUUCAGAACUAUUCUCCCAUCCCCAAACUUGAUCUAAACUGCCAGGUUGGUGAGAGUAGCACUUAAUGCUACAGAAACACAUCAUUACUUGAUAUGCAUGAGCGCUCUUGAAAGUGGUAAUUCCCAUAGGUUGCUGCAAGUCCUUUAGGUCCAUAUUAAGUCUGUCUUUGGUUUUACCAGAAGUCAGUCAUGCUAAACCCUGGCAAAUUCUGGUAAGAAAGGGCUCUACAUUUACUGCUUGCUGAAGAAAGACACAUUCAUAAAGGCAGAGGUCAAAAGCAAACAGCAAAUCAUGAAGGAAAUACUCAGCCUACGUUUUUUUUCUCAGGCUUUGCUUCUACUUGAAAUGAAAUGUGCUCUUGUGCAUUCUGUUCAUGGUAUCUCUCUGUUGGAGUCUGAGUAGACCUUAGCUGCUGCUGCUGUUAACAUCAGUUGUGUGCAUUUCAUAGGCACUAAGCUUGUAUUGGAUUUUGUGUGACCAGAAUAUAAGGCAGAAGCUGAAACUCAUUUCAUUUGGGGAGAGGGAAAACAAUGUUUUAGCUCUCUGUGGCAAAGCCAUCACGAUGGAUUUUUUGUUGUUGUUGUUGUCAUAACACCAUAUUGAAUGGUUCAACUGGUAAUUUUUGUUUACUGCCAGCCCAGUGUACUUAAUAUUUAGCAUUCAGAUUCAGCAAAAGCAACCUGUGCUGCAAGGUGAACCCUUGAAUUUGCACUCUCAGUAUCACUUGCAGGAAACGUACAGUUGACAGGUGCUCUCAGGGAUUAACAUACUGUAUGUUAGAAUUAGAGGCUGAAAAUGAAGCCUGUUUUCUAACCCUUUGUACUUUAUUAUGUAUAUGAGUAUAAACAUGUGAUGUUUCCAUUAAAAGAAGCACAAGCUGUGAAACUUAUUGGAGAGCUUAUUCUUCAGAGAGAUUCAGGGAUGUUGCCUUCACUUUUCAGGAGAUCAAAAGUUCACCCACUUUUGUUAGUGAACUCAUCAGUAACAUCUGAAAGCGGUUUGGUUUACCUGGGAGGAGCUGACUUCCACUCCUUGUGAAUGUUUCGCUGUGAAUAAAAGAAAACCACGACAUUUGUCCAUAUGUUGGACUUUGGUUGGUGGUGUCUCUGUAGAGAUAACAGUUCCUUAUAUGACCUGCAGUCACAUUUUUUUACUGCAAGUAGACGCUACCCUGGUAUCACUAGAGAUGGUGUGACUGAAUUCUCUGUAGCUGUUUAAGGCUUUGGACUUUGUUGGCUGGGAGCUGCCGGCACAGAGCUCUCGAGGGCUGCCCCUCUCAGCGUGACCCUGCAGCUCCUGCCAUCUGAUACUCGUGGGGGAGCCUGAUGGGCUGAAUUACUUCUGCAGUAAGCAAGAGGGAUUUAAAAUAAUGAUGAUGGAAAGUGAAAUCCCAAACGCUUCACAGCACAUGCUAAAAUGCCAUUAUGCUCACUUUUCUCUUGAAAGCUUUGGUGUGGCAAUGAAGAGGCUAUCAACCCCAGUGGAAGGCUUUUCAGGCAGGAACACAGACUUGCAUGCAAUUGGUUCUCUGUGCCACUAUAUAAUGUUCAUUUACUUUUUAUGCCAAUGAAAACUGUUCCUUAGGCUUUGACAAAAAUCCUCACUAGGCAUCUCCAUCUCCUUUUUUCUGGAAAUGUUCUUAAUAGUCCUGUAUGCUCAUGUUGUCCUAUUAAGGGAUAGAGCUUAGAGCAGCUGGUAAAAGACACCUUGCAGAGAAAAAUGGCAUGCAGAUAUAUAAUAUCCUCUGUGGACUUUUUAAGUAUCUACAUUUCAUCAGGAAAUUUCCAAAAGCUGCAACUGAAAUUAGGAUCCAGUGUGCAGGAUAUGCCAGUUUUCAGAUGGUCUGAACUGUAGCCUGUUUUUUUUUUUUCUUUUUUUCUUUCUUUAAUUCCUGCUGUGCAGCCGGGUUUUGCCUGGGCUAGCAUUGUGCCUUACAACCAGUGUGCCACAGUUUCGGGAGAUUCCUGAAGGCCACAAGCAGGGAGCAAGCUGGGAAGGGCCAUCCUGUCCUGCUCUCCUGUCCAUGUACCCUUGCCUGCCUGCCCCCAACAAACUUGGUAUUUUGCCAGAUUAGUAUUCUGCUGAUUUAGUGAUCAAAACUAGCUCACUGGUGCCAGUGCAGGGGAGCCCGGCAGGGAAGGGGAUAGACCAUCUCCUUCAGUAUCAGUGAGCUCAGUCAGGCCCGCCAGGCUGUGCAGGAAGACGGGCAUGGCAUGGGUUGGGCGGCUCCAAAUAAACACAAAGGUGACACCCUCUUAGAGGCAUUUUUAGUGCUUCAGAACCCCAAAGAAAGCAGUCUGGAUUAGUUUUCAGAUGUUCGGGAAACUUACAGCCUCCCCCACCACACCUCUUCCUUUGAACCCACUUGGGAAGGAUUUAACAAGCACCCAGACACAGAGCUGCCUGAUGAUGUUCACCGACUUCAGCCAUAAAGUAGGGCAGAAAGAACUGUAAGAGGUGGGAACUGGCUUACAUUUUCCUUUUCUUUUAAAUUAACACAGGUAGAAUUACAAACCAGUGUAGUCAUUUGGGUCAUCUAAAGGGCCUCUUUAUUACUUUGCUAAUUACCCAGCAAGGGGGUAUAUUCAGCAGAGAUACCAGCUGACGAGCCACCCCGUAAUCAUCUCAAGGCAAGCAAAAGUUGGAUUCAGAGUUCUGCACACUCUCUGUAUAGUAAAUUUUGCAAUUAAAUCUUUGAAUUCCAAGUCUCUGAAAACUGCUAAACAAAUAUUAUUAGAAAAGUAUCCUGGGCAGCUGGAAGAGUGGAGAGGUCAGUGGCGGGGCAGGAAGGAAGGAAAAAUAUGGCAAUGGUUAUGCCAUGUCUCUGAUUUAAAACAACAUGGGCUUUUGACUCAGUUUUUUUCUGACUACUGUGUAGACAAGAGUUAAAAGCAGCAAUAAAGGCUUGGUAUGAUCUGCCAAAGAAUAUGUUAUUUAGAAAGAAUAUGAUUCAGUAUGAGCUUUGUUCAGUGACUCCUCAGUUUUUGGAAACUGGCUUCCCUAGUUGUUUUGAGUAGCUGCUUUUGAACACAUUUGCACACUUUCCUGAUUGCAAGAUAUUUGGUUUGUACACCAUCUGCAAGCAUAUUUGCUUACUUAAGUUGAGGUAAUGGAUAUUUAAAUGGUUUAAGCUUCUUUCUGUUUUGUUAAUGAAAAUACUGCAAAAUGCUGCAGCAAUCAUGAGAAGACAAGUGUUAGUGUUAUCAAAAAACCUCCCCAAACCUUCAGUCUUUGGAAUUAUCAAUUGCCCUGAUGUAAAGUAGCUGCAACAAAUAUCCCGCAGAGCAGGCUAUGUGGAAAAGAAAAAAUAUUAGGAAAUAACCAACAUGAAGAAAAGCUUUUCCUGAAUGGGUGAAGUAUCCAAUUGCAGCUACGUGUUCAGUAGGCUGCCUCUUCCUGUGCUAACAGGGAUAUUACGUUUUACAAGACAAACUUAUCUUGUCCUUACUUACACUAGAAAUAAAUGAGCUAAUAUCUUGGAUGAGGGCUGCAACAUCUCAGCACUUCCUUUUGAGGCUUUUUGUCGAGCAAUGACUUUGGACAGAGAGCUGUAGAAGACUUGGUCUGAGGUUUACAUGGGCAAAUGCCUUCUUAAUUCACGAGCAACAUCCCUUAUGUCCUUUCGUUUGUACAUGUGCUGAAAGUGUUUAAGACUCCCAAGCUUGCCCUUCGGAGGAUAAUGCUGGCCAGAGGAGUUGGGUACAACAGGCAGCCCACUGCUUGGUGGCAGGCUGUUUGUAGGAUGCACACAGAUUAAAAAAAUGGUUCUGGAUUCUUCCCAGGAGCUGUAAACGUUUUCCGUUUGAGGGUCUGGAUUUUGCAGAAUGUUGCAUGGCAGAUGCAAAGAGCCAACGUGCAUUGCUUUGGAGAACAGCAAUUUUCUUCUGCAGAUUUCCUAUGUAAGGCUAAAUAUGGCAUUUAAGGAAAAUAUACACAGUGGACCCUUUUGCCCUGUGACUGUAGAACUGCUGAACACUGAGAAGCAUAAACUACUCUAGCUAGAGCCAGGCUUAGACCACAAAGUGUUUUAUUAUGCUAAAUAAGGACAUCCCAAACUUGUCAAACUGGGUGCCCAAAACAAGUGAAUAGCUUCAUUUCCUAGCCAUAAAAUAACUAUAUAAUUAAAUUAUAUUAAUUAUACAUUAUAUUAAAUUAAUGCAUACCUGUAAAAGUACCUAUA